AAGACAUAGUUUACUCAUUAUCUUUUAUUCAUUGGUUCCAGAAGGCUGUUUAAAGUGACAUGGUGUUUUGUAUUUUAGACAACAAGUAAGUGCACGCCACGGAUGUUUUCGUUUUAAUAAUGUAGCGAUGGGAAUAUCUGUAAAUGAUCAAAAUAUAAUUUUCAUAUCGGAUGUAUAAUUUUAGUACUUGUAAUCAAUUCUAAACGGAUCACGCUAGUAAUCUUUGACAAACAUGGAAAUGAUGCGCAACCUGAACUGUCUUUUCUUCCUACCAAUCCUCCUUGCUACCUUCGCGCUCUCACCCUGUCCAGCCGAAGCUUUUAGAAGCCACAGAUUCCCUCCUCCUAGACAGUACAGAGGUCCCAAUGAACCCCCUUCUGCACUUGAAUCCGACUCAGACUUGCUGCAUGCCUUGGAAUUCCUAGAGCAAUACGAACGCGCCAAAACCAGGGAGCCUAGCGGAACUCUUCCAGGGUUGAACGUCGGUUUCGAUGGGGCCGACGAUUUCGACCCGUACCCGAGGUUCGGCAACGAAAUCCCCCUCCCGGAUGAUAUCGGCAAUGGCUUCCCGUACCAGAAAUGGGACGACGAUGACGACAGGAACAUAGCCGAAAUCGAUCUCGAGGACCUGUACGAACCGCGACCUGAAGAUCUGGAGACCAAUGAGGUGGCAUUUGCCGAGGCAAUCUUAGACGAGUACAGGAAAUACGAAACGGAACGACAGACGGAACUUUUCAAUAAAAUUCUCGGAGACGUCAUGGCAGAGAAAAUAUUACAACAGGACGAGGAAGACAACAUAGCGAGGCUCAUGGAGGAGCAGGCAGAGGAAAUUGAAGGUCUUGACGAUCUAGCCAACAUCUUCGAAUCCAGUAAUUCAGCGACAGGUUCAUCUGGAGGGGAGGCGGGAGUCUACCCACCACAGGAGCUCGACUUGCCGCUGUUCAGCGAGUCGUCGAACGCUGAGGAAACCCCUGACUUGGAAUCCCAGAACUCGGACGACGAAGUCCAAGCCGACGACUUCUUCGUAAGCGAGGCGGGGCUUGAAGCGUUGGACGAAGCGGAAAGAAUCCUUAAUGAAGGUUACGCAGAAGACGAUAGCGCAGAAAGCAGCGAAUCACUGCCUGACUUUGAUGAUACGUCAGACCUCACUAGCCUCCUUCAAGAUAAUGACGAAUCUGAGUUCAGCGAAGCAGGACCAUUAACAGAAGAAGAGAAAGAGGAAACAUUAAAAGACGUCAUUUAUAGAAUAGUACAGGACACACUCAGAAGGAAACUGGUAGAAUCCAUGGUCGGAACAGAAGAUUCUGACGAAGACUUGUCAAUGGAAGAGUCCAUUGUGGAAGUAGGGGAUUCUGAGGAAGAAGAGUCAAUGGCUGAUACCGAAGAUGGAGAAUACAACAGUCUUCUUGAUAAUCUGGUGGAUGAGAUCCGAGACCAGGUCGACAAACUGUCAUCAAGAAUCAUGAAGGAGAUCGAAGGGGAGGACGUUGGUGAGGGCGAUGAGGAGGGUGAAAACGAUAAUGACGAUGAAAGUGAAAGCUCCGAUGGGUACUUCAAUGAGGAACCAGUCAUAGGCGAGUCGAGCUCGAUACCUGACGAGAUCAUUGACGAGAUAAUGGGCGCCGGUCCAAGCAGUUUCGUCAUCGACCAGGAAAACGAUACUCCACAAUCGUCGGUCACGGAGUUCGACGAAGAUAUGAUUAGUGAUGAAGACCUCAUAAACGCCAUCAAAGAAAUAGUUCCAGCCGCCGAAGCUAAAGUAUGCCCCAUUCUAAGCUACCUGGUGGAUGAUUGCAGCGUCAUUGAAGGCUUUAGGGGACUGGGUGCUGACGGCUACAAACAAGCAUUUAGUCGUCCAUGCAACAGACAUCAAAUAUGCUACACAUGCAGUACAUCUUAUGAAAUCCCAACAAAACUAUGUGACGAAAUUUACAAAGCCGAGUUACUCACACUUUGUAACGGGGACCUGGAGUGCAUGCAACGAGCGAAGUAUUUCUGGUUGGCUGCCACCAACGACCGGACAGCGCCAGACGCCACCCUCUCCCUUUGUAGUGAUCGUUGUGUGUUGGAUUAUCUUCUUAGUGAUUAGAAUAAACCCGGAAGUGGGCUACUCACACGAUUGCGUGGGACGUGGGAUCUGGCCGUGAUCAUCGGCCAAUGCAGAGUGGUGCUAAUUUUUCUUAUUUCAAUCGAAUCCCACCACGCGCAGAAAAUUGACCGUACACCACUCUUGCGCAGCUACUGCGCGCAUUCAUCCAUACACCGCGCGCGCAGCACCUCUUAACAAUAUCCAAUCCACCCGCACUCGUGUGGGAAGUCCCGUAUUCAUAUCAUCGUUUCAUUAUUUUACUGUCACACUCCUUAUAAUGUGUAUAUAUAGUUGUAGACUGGCGAUCUGUGUCUGUCUUAGCAUCAUUCUUAUUAUAUUUAUAAAGAUUUAUCAGAGUCAUACAUUUUAUCAUACUUGUAUUUUUAUCAUUGAUAUCGAAUUGUGCAAUCAUUAUACCAAUCAAUCGCGUUUUGUUGAACUAGUAUAAUACUGUCUGCUCGUUGCAAUGAAAAUAAUGCAAAAGUUGUUCGAUUUAUUCAAUAAAUGUAUCUUGAAUCAAUAAUCCAAGUAAUCAACUGCUGUACAAAAGUUCAAAAAUGCACAACAAAAGCAUCAUCAAGUGUUUGGAAAAUAUAUAGCGUUCGAAAAAAAAAUCUUUUUUUUUGCGAAAGAUGAUUAUUUCUAACGAUUGGCCGUAAUCAGUUUCCAGUCACGUUAAUGAUUUAUCAAGUUAAGUCUGUAUUGUUUUUAAUUAAACAUAGGCACACAUUAUUAUCAAUACUGCAUAUAGCAUUUUCAUCUAUUUGAAGCAACAUGAAGAGCAAGAUAAUACUGCUACCUUUGAUAUCUUAGAUAUCGAUAUCGAUUCAUUUUUUCUUCUUCAAAGUGUCGAGUCCAAAUUUAUGUCGUAAUGUAUACGUGCAAUGUUAUUGAUGUGAAGAAUCUCGGACUUUAAUACUUAUUUCAACCUUAGCAAGCACACGCUUGCUAAGAUGAAGAAGCUUUAAUUCACACAAAACAACAAAAAAGAUGUUGAGAAGCAGUUGCAUUGAACUCUACAGCUCUUUAGAUAAGCUAAUUAGUUGCUCUCUGUGUUAUGGUUUAAAAAAGCUAAUGUAAACGAUAAUGUUAACUCUAGGCAAUCAAAACUUGAGAUACUGAUAUAAUUGGGCCUCCGCAAGAUGCAAUAAUAUUUAUUAAACUUAAUAUGUAAGGAUUCAAAUUUCAUAUUCAAAUUAUUGCUAAUUAAAUGAUUAGAUUUGAAUAUCGGAAGCGCAUGCAAUCCAUGCAAAAUCAAAUGAAAGUAAAGAUCGAACGUAUAGGCAUACUGAUAUUUAUAUAGAUAUCACUGCUUGAUGUCCUUUUCAUGGUUUUGAAAUACGUACACUGUUUUAUCGUUAUGGAAGUAUACAUAUGAAAUUGUAUCCGUUUCAGCUUAUUUUGUUACAAUCAGUAGUCAGUAAACAUGUUACAUUAUCGAGAGAAUUCCUUUUAUACAUGUAAUAUAACUAUUUGUAAGUUUGUUUUCAUACGUGGCAUCCUGUUUACUAAUUCGUCCAUCGAAAAUCAAGCGUGUCGUGCAAUAUCCACUUUUUUAGGUCAGGAAUACCCCAUGUAUAGUAUACGCUGGGAAAUUACCUACAUCAGUGUUGUCUGUGAAUCGAUAUUUGGUAAACUUACAUCGAAACGUUGAAUCGAUCAACACCCCCGAUUUGUUAAACCGAGGAAAUCUUCUAAUGCCUAUAAUCAUGAUAGUAUCUCGAUAACUUGACUCCGCCCAUGUUUGUACUGAGCACGCGCACAGAUAUGACAUGGCUUGAGGGCUCUUCCAACUUAUAAUGUGGCCAAAGCAAGCAAGUGGCAAAAGUUCCAUUUCCUGCGAGAGAAUAACAUUAAUUUGCCACUUAAAGAAAUUACAUCGAUGUAAUAGGUCACCAGGAUAUCAGACAUUUGCUCUGGCGACAAUUGAUUUGCUGUGAAUUACACAUGGAAUAUCGAAACCUCAACCCUAGUCCUAUAUCUUAGACGAAAUAAAGCCCGGAGCAAUUGUCGUAAGAGCAAAUGUCGUGUCACCGGAUAUCUGGUGAUAUCUUGGCAUGCGGCUUCUCCAUGUACGACAUAAAACUAAAACUCGGUUGAUCAGUCAUAUUGUCUCGUCCCCAAUAUCUAAGGUAAGCAUGGCAGUAUCAUAAAUCGGCAUUGAUUGAGUAAGCAUGAAUUAACAAUUAAAACUUUAAUACGCUUAUUUUUUCAUGAAAGGGAAGCGGCAACGCCUAAGACAAUAAAGCACUCCCACAGUACUAGCAGGCUUAAUGUCGAGUACAAGAAAUGCAAAUAAUGAGAUACUCCAUCAAAAGCACAGCAGUUUUACAGGAAAUGAUAAAAGUCUGUGGCACUGUGGGCUAGCACAUACUAACCACCGCCCAAUGUGAUGUAUACCCUGAUAUCAAAAUCAAUCCUUGCCGGCUUGAAAAGUGAUUGGUGCAUUUCAGUGCAAUAAAAUACAAUUUUAUCUGUGAAA